AUGGUCCCCUCACCUGGCAUCGACAGCUGGUGGUGGCGCUUCCUAGAGAAGUACGUCUAUCGCCUCCCUGAACCUCCACCACGAACCCGAACGAAACCUAUGCAAGUAAUUUGCGUUGGUCCCCCUCGUUCAGGAACCGAAUCUCUUCAGCAGGCCCUGCUCACCCUCGGCUACGACUACACUUACCAUGGUUGGGACAUCAUGUUCGAAGAGAACCAUCGCAUGCCGGCGUGGGCAAGACUAUGUCGCAAGAAGUGGUUCGGCAGCAUGGACGGUGAAUCAAACAUCACAACAAAGGACUUUGACGAACUCAUCGGUCAUGCUGUUGCGGUUACUGAUGCUCCCGCCAGUGUGUUUGCGGCUGACAUUAUUGCUGCUUACCCUGAAGCAAAAGUCAUUCUUAAUAUGCGGAGUGAUCUGGACGCCUGGUACAAGUCUGUAGACAAGACAAUUGUAGGGGUAAAUGACAAUUGGAUGUUCUGGAUAGCUGGGCUGUUUGAUAGAGAGGGUUUUUGGGCAUGGCAUGUCGCAGAGCGGCUGAUGUGGCCGUUGCUGUUUCGGGCGCCUGAUGGUAACAUGGCAAAGGGUAUUAGAAGAAAUGGAAAGUGGGUAUACAGAGAACACUGCAACAUGAUUCGAGGGCUGGUCCCUAAAGAACAGCUUCUAGAGUGGAAUGUUGGUGAUGGUUGGGAGCCUAUAUGCAAGUUUCUCGACAAACCUGUACCGGAAACCGAAUUUCCGCAUGUGAAUACAAUGGGGAAGGGAUGGAAAGAGCGUGAAGAACAGGCGGCGAAGUUGUGGGUUGGCAGGGCGUUUCGAAACAUGCUUCUCAUAACCGGAGUCUUGGUUGGUGGUGCUGCAAUUGGAUAUUCAUACUGGAGACAUUGA